UAUAAUCAAAAUAUAUAAAACAUGUGAAUGAUACUAAAAUAGCCUAACACGUGUAAUAGGUGGGUAAAUCUAGUAAUACAAUUAAUAACACUUUUAGUUAUGUAAUUGUUAUUAGUAACAAAGUCACACUCUUACAUAAUUCACUUAAUUAUCAACAAAUUGCUAAAAUAAUCACUGCAAUGAUGUUUUUUCUAAUAUCAUCUUAAGCAUACCAUUCAGAGCAACCUCCUGUCCCGCUCCACCCUCUGUAGAUGGGAGAAUGUGAGAAACUUUUCAAAGGACUGUCUCAAUUAACAUGUAGUUAGGAAGUCAACUCUCCUGACCGGCUGGAGGGAGUGCCUUCAUGUACCCCGCCUAGUGAUGGUGCAGACCAUGUGUAGACGAGCAUAGAAAAGAGUCACACAGCCUCAAUUACAGUCACACGCCUGAUCAGGGGUUCUUGAAAACAUAGUCACAUGGUUUGAAACGAAAAAAAGGAGAGAGGAGGAGGAAGUUGGGACCGGAUAGCAGCAUGCUGACCUGGCAGAGUGUUCGUCUCACGUUAUACUCACCCGCCACUCGCACCAAUGAAUUUACCUGACACUUCUGUGCACUUGGGCACCUGUUGGAGGAACUGAAUUGGCCGGUGAGGCCCGCAAAAGGACAUGACACAGAAUGGCACUCAGACUGAUUCUCUCAAAAUUGUGAUCGUCGGAGAUGGGGGCUGUGGGAAAACAUCCCUGCUUAUGGUGUACGCCAAAGGAGAUUUCCCAGAGAAAUAUGCUCCAUCUGUGUUCGACAAAUAUGUCACCACUGUAUCCUAUGGAGGGAAAGACAUUCAGCUGAAUCUCUAUGAUACAGCAGGCCAAGAGGACUAUGACCGCUUGAGGCCUCUGUCGUAUCAAGAAGUAAACCUUGUUCUCAUCUGCUACGAUGUGACCAAUCCGACGUCGUUCGACAAUGUCACGAUAAAGUGGUACCCAGAGGUCCGUCAUUUCUGCCGUGACGUCCCCAUUGUCUUGAUAGGGUGCAAGACGGACCUGCGAAAGGACAAAGAGAAGAUGAGGAAGCUCAAAGCUUUAGAUCUGGUGCCCAUCACCUACCUCCAGGGUGAAGAGAUCAAGAAGCAAAUGAACGCUGAGAUAUACCUGGAGUGUUCAGCUAAAUAUAGAGAAAACGUAGAGGACAUUUUCAGAGAGGCAACAAAGCGAGCGCUAUCGGCCAGAGCUAAAGCAAGACAUCGUCGCAAGAAGAAGAAACGCUGCACCAUCCUGUGACCAUUACCAGAAGGAACACAUUUGUUCAAGUUUUGUAUAUAUGAACUAGGAUAUUUUGUAAAAAUUCCAAAACCAUCUGCAAAGCUUCUCACUAUUGUUUAAGCUUUCACGGAGGAAUAUUUUUCAGGACAUGCUUGUGGUGUGCGUUUUCUCAUAAUCUGCCCACCAAGCAAGGCUUACUCUUUGACAGAGGUCACCAGUGUGUGUGUGAUAAGUUUGUAGUGGUCCACACCACAUCCUUCUGCUGGUGUUACUGAUAUGACUUGAUGGAAUUUGGUCUUCCAUGAUCGUGGAUCCAACAGGAGAUGGAAAAACUGCUGCUGAUGUCUCAGGGAUGACUAUACAUCACAUGGUCACACUUUGAAUUUGGUUACAUUCUGUGUUGUUUAUAAUAGUAACGCACAACUAACUGAAGUAACAGCCACUAUGUUACACUGGGUGUGCAAUUCAUGUUAUCAACUUACACAGCAGUUUUUGAGUUACAGUAUUUUGUGAGUCUAUAUAUUAUAUAAAGCUUUCUGAACAAAAAAGGAGGCCUAUACUGUGGUGUACAAAAAUCCUGAUUUGUAGAAAUAUCAGUCUGUGUGUAGACCACCACCAUUUACAACGUUUUAACUAGGCUAGAAUUUCAUUUUUGUUUCUUUAAGGUUGAUUUACUAUAUCUCGAUAACUUCUUCAAAUCUCACAUAGACACUAGAAAGUGUUGGAUCAGUUGAAAACCAUUUGCCUGAGUGUAGAUUGCACAAAUAAACCCGUGAUAUUUUAAGUUA